AUGCACGCAUUCAAACUCUACAAACCUUUCAUGGCGAUCUAUGUGGCUCUCUGCCUUCUGAAUGGAGGAGUCCUAGCUCUCCCGCUGAAAAGUGUUGGCUCUAAACCACUUCCAAAACCAGUAGCGCCAAAGCCAGUCGCCCCUCAGCCUCCUACCUUGAGAACCACGGCAAAGGCCGCUCCCUCAGCAACGCUCAAACCCCCUACAACCUCUGCUUCAUUGGCCAAGGCUACAAGUGUCGCCGCUGUGACUUCCGCGACAGUGCCUGUCCAGAGCUCAAGCGUAGCCAUCUCCAUCUCUUCACUUCUAUCAUUUUCCUCUCCCUUUGUGUCAUCACCUGUGGUGCAAACCUCGACUUUGAACGCAGCAUCUACAAGCGCAACCCUCGCGUCGACAUCUGCACUCGUCACGCCCUCGGCCAAUAUCAGCAUCUCUACCACCGCUAGCAGUCCCAUUUCGACCACAUCUGCCUUAUCAAACACUACCUCCAGUUCGAAUACUACUUCUAGCACAAAUUCGACGUCUUGUGCAUUGCCCGGCAGCUCCACUCGCAGGAGUACACCUGUGCUUCGCCGUUUCUUCGACCUUCUAACAGAUCCAGGAGCACUUUUUCGAAGAGUCCCGGAGGAGUUCGUGGGCUAUCAUGGCACAAAUGGAGUCAAUGCUAAGGCCUACUUACAGCAAGGUAACUCAGGUGGAGGUAUUCCUGUCCCACCUGCUUUCAAUGGCGCCGAUGCUGAGCUCGGGCCUGGGUUAUACAUUUCCGAUGAUAUUGAUGUCGCACAAACAUUCGCGACCGGCUCCGCAGGAUCAAGAGCUGCGUCUGGGAACACUGACCCUGCUGCUACCACGCCCUUUGUCUGCGUCGUCACCGCAAAUAGUCAGACUACUUGGCGAAACACGAUCAGGAAAGUAUGGAUUCCAGUUGCUUCUAUCGCUACGUCUGUGGGCGGGAAGAACGACCCGACAAAGCUCGCACAGCAAGAGCAAAUCAUCAAGCAGAAUGGGGGUACAACGGACAAUACCGUGCGCUUCUCGAUUUUGGACGUUGCCCGACCCAACGCCCCACGCAGUGGAAACCAGAUGGUUUUGCCCUUCGGGGUUCAAUCUCAACUCUCUAUCAAGAACUAG